AUGGUCUUCACCAAUGUCCACAAAGCAAUCAGAGUUGCUAAUUUUAUAGCAAACAUUUCAAUUGUUCAAUCCGACGGCAACUUACAUUAUUUCUGUGAAGCUGAUCUUCAUAAUUUAAUUGAAAAGAACGGAUUUGAUCAAAGCUGGAAGUCGACUAUUAAUGCAGAUGAAAUUUUUGCUGACGAAAAGAAUUUUUUGGAGGAAAAAUUCACUGGAACUUUAUAUUGCAAUGGAAAUACAGUUCAUGCCAAUAAAUGCAUUUUAAUGGCUUUUGGUAACAAUUCUAAUCAAAUAGAUGCAAAACCAUCUCAAAUUUUUCGCUUACUGAUUGAAAGUCAAAUGGAUGAAGACGAAAGUGAUGAAAUAAAAAUUUCAGAUGUUGAUUCCAAAGUAAUGUUGGAGAUAUUGAGAUUCAUUUAUACUGGAAAGGUCAAUUAUUUGCAUAAGAGAGCAAAAGACUUGCUCGAUGCUGCUAAUAAGUUUAAUGUUGUGGGUUUAAAAGAGGCUUUUGUUAAAGUUAUGGAAAAGCAGUUGAGCAUUGAAAAUGUUGUGAAGAUUUUGGAACUGGCUUAUGAGCUGAAAAGAAAUGAUUUGAAGGAAAAUUGCAUCGAUUUUAUCAAAUUGUGA